CCUUAUCGUUGCAAUGAGAUCCUAGCCUGCGCGGACGGACAGAGGACAGAUCCACCAGGCAACCAUCCUUCUCACACCUCCGAUGGCUUCCGCCCCGUCGGCCCCGUCGACGGCGCCGUCGCUGGUGGACACUCUCUUCCAGCGCUCGCUGGACGAUCUCGUCAAGUCCCUCCGCGCCGACCCUUCAGCCGCCGGCGAGUCGUUGGCCGUCGGCCGCGCCCUCUCCGAGAUCCACCGUGAGAUCCGCGCCCCGGACGCGGCAACCAAGGCCGUCGCGCUCCAGAAGUUCACCUACCUCUCCUCCCUCCACUUUGUCCCCGUCGCCUCCCACCCGCUCGCGUUCCCCGCCAUCGAGCUCCUCGCCUCGCCGCACCUCCCGCACAAGCGCCUCGCCUACCUCGCCGCCUCGCUGUCGCUCCACCCCGCCUCGCUCUCCCUCCUGCCGCUCGCCACCCACCAGAUCCACAAGGACCUCUCUCCUUCCACUUCCGCCGCCGCCUCCCACCACGUAUGCGCCCUCGCGCUCCAGCUCCUUGCCUCCCCCGCCGCAGCCGCCGCGCCCGACCUCGCCGUACACCUCGCGCACGACCUCGUGCCCCACCUGUCCCGUGGCAGCCCACGCGCUAUCGCAGCCGCAGCGCGCAUCAUAGCCGCCUCUCCGUCUACUGGCGUGCCGGUCCUCUUCAAGCCGCUGGCUGCAUGUCUUGCUUCGUCCGACCAACGGGCGUCAACUGCGGCUGCAUCCGCCUUCUGUGAGCUGUCGGCGCCGCCGGCCGAUGUGGCCCCAUUCCUGCCUCUCGCGCCUGACCUUUACAAUCUGCUAACCACAUCCCGCUCCAACUGGGCGCUUAUCAAGGUGCUCAAGAUAUUUGCUAGGCUGGCUCCUCUGGAGUCGCGUCUAGCCGCACGGAUUGUUGAUCCAGUCUGUCAGCUCCUCACUCGUUCUUCAGCCAUGUCGCUGACAUUCGAGUGUGUCCGCACGGCGCUAACUGCACUGCCGGCGCAUAAUGCCGCUGUGAGCCUCGCCAUUGGGAAAGUCAAGGAAUUCCUUGCUGCUUCUGAUGAUCCUAACCUGCGUUAUCUCGGGCUCUUGGCACUUGGUAUGCUUGGUCCAGCAUAUGCAUCAACUGUCAAUGAGAGCCGCGAUGUGAUCACCCUGUCACUGGGUGAUGCUGACUCAAACAUCCGUAGGGAGGCAUUGCACCUUAUGAUGGGAAUGGUUGAUGACAACAAUGUCAUGGAUAUUGCUGGCAUGCUGGUCAGUCAUGCCGCAAGGUCAGACCCAGAGUUUGCAAAUGACAUUCUUGGGGCCGUCCUAACAGCAUGUGGGCGCAAUGUAUAUGAGCUGGUGUCAGAUUUUGAUUGGUAUGUCUCACUACUCGCAGAUAUGGCUAGGAGCUUGCACUGUGCGCAGGGGGACGAGAUUGGUCGUCAGCUUGUUGAUGUGGGACUUAGGGUGCAUGAUGCACGGCCAGAGCUUGUCCGUUCAGCUCGAUCUCUCCUAAUUGACCCUGCUUUGCUUGGGAACAAUCUCCUAUGCCCUGUUCUUUCUGCUGCUGCAUGGGUCUCUGGUGAGUAUAUAGAAUGUAGCAAGGAUCCUGUUGAGCUUGUUGAGGCACUAUCACAGCCAAGGACUAGCCUCUUGCCAAUGCCGGUGAGAGCCGUCUACAUCCAGGCAGUACUUAAAGUGAUCAUCUUCUGUUGCAAUUUAUAUGUAGAGAGUUCGAAUGAUUCAAACAAGGGAUCGGAUCUAGUGUUUGAUGAGUUAGCUGUUGAUCAAACUGUUAGUAGGGGAAGUAAGUCUGAAAUUCAACCUGCCGAAGAACAAAUUGUUAUGCCAGGCACAGCUAAAAAUGACCCCUUUUCCAACAAAUCAAUAGUUUACAUCAUUAACUUGAUUGAAACAACAGUCGGGCCACUUGUUGAGUCCAAGGAAGUUGAGGUCCUGGAGAGGGCACGCAACCUGAUGGGUUUUGUCCAUUUGUUAAGGGAGAUCUGGGAGUUGAAGGAAAGGAAGGUCAGUGAUCAUAACAAGCAUAACCGGGUCAUGGAGCUCAUUAAGACUAUGCAAACAGUAUUCUCUCGAGAAUUAAGCCCUGUUUCUGUGAAUGCCCAGAAGAAAAUUUCCCUUCCCGAGGAUCUUGUCUUGCAAGAAAAUCUGUCUGAACUUGCUGACAUUUUAAGUGAAGAUGAUACUAUUCUGUCAACUUCGAUCUCUUUCUUAUCUCGCAGCUCUCAUUCUGUAGAGACUAGAGAUGAGCCUGCAGUAGUGUCAGUUGAUUCAUCUUCUCUUUUUGAGCACCGUAAACGGCACGGGAUAUACUAUCUCCCAACAGGAAAAGCUGAGGAUGACACAAAUAACUACCCUUGUGCCAAUGAUCCUCUUCUUUCUGGUGAGAAUGGAAGUGCCAUGGAGGAUAAAUCCGGGACUGUCCAGCCUGCAUCUGCUGGGAAAAAAUUGAAGGCCAUGAGGUCCAGACCAAAAGUAGUGAAAUUGGAUGGUGAAGAUUUCCUAAGUUCUAUGAUGACUAGUGCAAACGUUCUGAAGGAAAACCCGUUGUCUGGUGCUGUACGUGGUAUGCUCAUGGGUAGAGAUGCCAAGCCAUUAUGUUCACCGAAGGCUGCAGAUAAGUCCUUGGAAGACAUGGGCAACAAAAUGGACAUGGGCGAAUCAAGUUCUCAAUCGGUACAGAACAUAUAUGCUGAUACUGGAAGCCUUUCUACUUCAAGUUCUAGGACAAGUAAGCAACAUGAUCUUACUAAAGAGAAGAGCACAAUACCUCCUGACAAUGAUAGGAAAGAGGCGAGAAAGCAUCGAACCUCUUCUAGGAGUGGGCAUCGUCAAGGAAAACAUAAACACAGAGAAAGACCUAGUACUCAGCCUGAUGUUGCACCUCAAGCUCCGGUUGUUCAAGAUUUCCUUCUGUAGCUGCCGAGAGAUUUUUUUGCUUGGUAUGUUACUAUCACGAAAUACAUGUUGAUGUGUUGUAAUGUUCAUUUGAAUGAGAAAGAACAUAGGUGUAAAUGAAUGUUAACUUCUGGUAAUAUUUUUGUUAGGUCCUUGUAUACUACUCCUAAAGGCUAGUUAAAUUAGAUGCCCAUUUAAAAA